AUGAAUAGAAGUAAUGACAGUAUCACGGAUUCCCAGCCAAAAUCAAAAAGCUUACUCCCCCCUUCCGUGAGUGAACAAAAAAUUUUGUUCACUCACGAAAGGGGGUUAAUUUUUAUAAAAAUUUUUUUUUUCGAAAUUUAAAAAAAUCCUAAUACGCAAAAACUGGAAAGCAAAUAUUAAUUUAAUUUAUAAAAUUUAUGUUUUAAAAAGAAAUUAAACAGAAUCAGCACUAGAUUUCAUUAUGCUAAUUAUCACUUAUAUAUAAAAUUUUUUUUUCCAUAAAAAAUUUUACUAUUAAAUAAUUUUUGUUCACUUAGGAGGGUGGGUUUUUUGUGCAAAAAUAGCGAUUUUUCUAAUGGUUUUGUUCACUCAGGGGGGGAGUUAGGGAAAUGCUUGCAGAAACACUUAAAUAAAUGAAUGAAAGAAUAUAAAACUCAGGCAGAAGAAGGAAACACAGAAGCAAUGAUAAUUUACUCAAAACUCCUUAGAAGAGGUAUGAAAAACCAACCUCCUGACAUACCACAUGCGCUUUAUUGGCUUAUCCCCUUUGCUAGUAAAUGCUUUUUGCUCAUUAUUAAGCAUAAUGCUAAAAAAUAAAAUAACUUAAUAAUUUUGGCCCAGCAAAUGCUCAUUUUAUAUAUAUAAAUAACAAUUAAAAAUUUAAAGGCUUUCUUAAAUAUAAUACUCAAGAGCAAAUAAAAUAUUUCUACAUUUUAAUCUAUAAAUAUUACUUUAUUAAAUAAUUUCGAUAGCUAUUAUUAAUUAAAAUACUCGAAAGUAUGAAAGAACACUUUCAAUUAUUAAGAGGAAGCGUUAGAAAAGCAGCAAGAACGAGCAGCUUAGCCGCUUUUCAAUUAGGAAAGAUUUAUAUAAAGGAUAAGUACGUAGACAUGGACCUAGACAAAGCAUAUUUUUAUUUCAGACUGGCAUUAACUGACAGCUGUGACUGUGGAGAUAUGGCUGAUCUAUUACACUCUCAUAGGAUUUCUGAAGUCCAUUCUUGUAUAUAGCUUUUUGCCUUGAGUGGCGCGGUAUGGGCGCCGCUUCGGCAAGCUCCUUCUUCCAGUUGGCCGAGCCAACUCAGGUUGGUUCGGCCAACUGGAGAAUUGACAAGUGAGGCCUUUUGGGGAGACUUGUCAAUUCUAGUUGGCCAAACCAACCUGAGUUGGCUCGGCCAACUGGAAGAAGGAGCUUGCCGAAGUGGCGCCCGUACCGCGCCACUCAAGGCAAAAAAGCAUAUAUAUAACGAUAGCCAAGAAUAUAUAAAACAGCUUGGAUUAAGUGAUUUUGAAAUUAAAAGGCUAGAAGAUCGAUUUUUAUUAUGGAGAAAAAGCUCAUCAUAG